CGGCAUGCUGCAUGUGCCGUGUACAUUGACAAGGUCAGCAUCAGCGACAGUGUGGUGACGGAAACUGUGGCGACACUAUACGGCGGCGUUAUCGCUGCAGAAGGCCUGGGCGACGUCUCUGUGGCGCGCUCGGUAAUUAGUGGCAACCGUGCCCUUAACGGCAGUGCGGCAACACCGCACGUGAUGCUGGCGGUGUUUAGUCAGGUACCGCUUCUCCGCAUCUCAUUGGGUGUUGGCAGUGCCAUCACCAAUAACAGCGUGGGGCUCACGGCCACUGGCGGUGCCGGCGUUGUUGGGGCUGGGCACCGGGGCUCAUUCUUGAGCACCGGGGUUUUGGACAUCACGAUGACGGGGGCCGCAGUGCAGUGCACGUGUGGACCAACGUGGGGUGUGUCUAGGCAACGUGUCGUAGUGGGGUUCUCUUGCGGGUCCCCCUGGGGAGGCGGGGAACCUGUGGACCUGAGGACGCGGAGGGUCCGACACGAAGCAGUAUCUCUUCAGCGCAGCGUCCGGGAGCAGAAGUCCACUCCUCCGCAGCAGCAGAUAGGCGCUAGUAGGGGAUACCCCAGACGAGCCAUCUCAGGCAAAACUCGGCGCCUUGUUCCGCCACGGCCAGCGUAUACGCUCAUACAUAGGCACACGCACGUUCGCCGGCAAUAUAUGUCCCGGCCCGUCAUGUCAACUACCGUACGGGGCGCCGCUAGGCGGCCCUCCACUGCACCGCAGCACGUACUACCCGAAAUUGAGAUCGUGCCGGCGGAGGACUCUGAUUGGCUUGAUAACCCUGCGCCCUUCAGCCAUCAGCAUGGGUCAGAGACCAGGCGGUCUUAUUACCGCCGCCGGUGCGUCGGCGGCGGCGGUGGCGGCGGCGGCGGCGGCGGCGGCUCUGGCUGCAGCCGCCGCGUCGCGCUCACGGGCUGGGUGCUGCUGCGACGGGCAGUGCUGCUGGCGGUAACACUGGGGGCCGUCUUAGGCUGCUACGGCGGUGUGAUCCGCGUGAAGGGCCAGGAAGUAGUGCUCGACACAGACAGCGUCGGCUGCAUUGCCAAUAAAGCCCCCGGGCCGCCAACCAAAUUAAAGGCGACGGCAAAGGAUGGCCGAGUGUUGCUGCGCUGGGAGCCCCCGGUCGACGGUGGCGCCUGUGUCAGUGCCUACGUUGUGAACGUCAUCGAUCCUCUGUUCCGAAACGACUCUCCGGCGCAGUCCACUUCGACCGGGGCGCGCAGCGUGGUUGUGGAGGGUCUAGACAACGGUCGCACCUACGUGUUCCAGGUCCAAGCCUACAGCACACAACUAAUGACGGGUGGGAUUGCGCAGGUGACCGCCACCCCCACCGAGCUGUGCAACAUGUCGGAGCCUCCGGGCAAGCCAACGAAUCUGCGCGUACAGACUGGAAACGGCUGGGCGAGGUUGUGCUGGGACGGCGUGGACAACGACGCGUGUGUCGACCAGUUCAGGGUCUCCGCCGCUCUCCUCACUGGACCUGAUUUCCGUACGUCAUCCGAUGGCAAGAUCUCCCGCGGCGCCUGUGCUAACGUAAGCGGCCUCACCAACGGCGCCAAACAUCGCUUCAGUGUCACCCCAGUCUCCGUCGCCCAAGGCCAAGGGGAGAUGGCCACGCUCACGGCAACCGUGGGUGCCACGGCUGCAGCCCAGAACGGGUGGACAUGCAAAUCUUUGGACGGCUGCGCACCAAACCGGGGAGCUGCCUACUGCAACUGCGCUGCGGUGGCCCGUCGUGGCGAUUGCAAGGUGCCUGCCAUGCUGGAUGUUGACUGGGUCAACAAGCAGGUCACCCAGUGGUGCUCUUCAUCCUGCUCGUGCGAGCUAGGGCCCGCGCAGAGCGGUGUGCUGAUGGGCCAGCCUCGUACUGGUUUUGGGGGUGCCCUUCUGGCUGGCGGCGGCAGAACCGGUGCUCUGGGAGGUGGUGCCCUCGCUGCUGGCAUAGCAGCCCGCAACGGAGUUGAUGGGGGGGAUGGCGACAGCAACACCUCCGGCGUCGGCGGCACAACGGCAUUUCCGGGAGGUGACGGCGGUGGGGUAAGCGCAGGGCCAACCGCGAGGGCGCUCCCCCUGGCGGGCGCAGUGAUGGGCGGCGCCGCUGACGGCGGCAUGACUGGUGCAGGCAUGGGCGGGGGUGCCAGGCUGGUGCAAUCUCGUGCAGGGCAGUUCAUGGGCAACAUGGCAGAGGACAUGGUAAACAGCGGCGUGCUGGGGGAGGCGGCAGGGAAGGUGGCGCAGCAAAUGGUUAGCAACCAGGUCAAUUCAAUGCUGCAAGCCAUGUGGUCAAAUGGAGCCGGCGGCGGUAUGGGUGCAGCUGGUGGCCCCAAUGGCGGCGGCCGCCGCCUGCAGCUGGUGUAG